GAAUCAAAUCGAGUAAAAAAUCAACUAAAUAUUAAUUAUAAUCUCCAAAAAGCUCAAGAACCUUUUUCCUUCUUCUUCAGUUUUCUAUUCACUCUCUCUGAAACUCACACCAUAUUUAAAACCCAAACCCUAAGUUUUCUUUAUUUCAUCGUUUUUGCUAAUUUUUUUUUUGUUUGGGAAGAUUAUUGAUGUUUUGAGAGCUAUGGAUAUGACUCUUACAACAACAACAACAACAAUUCCAAAAUCACCGGAACCCGAGUCCGAAACUCCGACCCGGAUCCAACCGGCGAAACCCAUUUCCUUCAGCAACGGCAUCAUCAAACGCCACCACCAUCCUCUCCUCUUCACCUACAAAGAAUGUCUCAAAAACCACGCGGCGGCGUUAGGCGGCCACGCGCUCGACGGUUGCGGCGAAUUCAUGCCGUCUCCGUCGUCAAUCUCCACCGAUCCAACUUCUCUCAAAUGCGCCGCUUGCGGUUGCCACCGUAAUUUCCACCGCCGUGAACCAGACAACGAUUCCUCCUCAAUCCCUCCUCCUUCCUCCGUCGCCGCCGCAAUUGAGUAUCAACCUCACCACCGUCACCAUCCACCACCACCACCACAACCACCACAAUCAGCUCCUCCUCCUCCUCCACGUAGCCCUAAUUCAGCUUCUCCUCCGCCGAUUUCUUCCUCUUACAUGCUCCUAUCACUCUCCGGCAACAACAACAACAACCUAUCUUUCGCCGAUCUCAAUUUCUCCGGCCACCAAAUCGGAUCUCGUAAGCGAUUCCGAACGAAAUUCAGCCAAUUUCAGAAAGAGAAGAUGCACGAGUUCGCCGAUCGAGUCGGCUGGAAGAUGCAGAAACGCGACGAAGACGACGUUCGUGAUUUCUGCCGUCAGAUCGGAGUCGACAAGAGCGUUCUCAAAGUCUGGAUGCACAACAACAAAAACACCUUUAACCGCCGCGAUCUUCCGUUCUCCGUCGCCGGAGCCGCCGUCGCCAAAAUCGAUAAUGGCGGCGGAGGAGGAAACCACGCUCCGAUUCCCGCCGGCGAAACUAAUAACAACGAGUUUCACCAGAGUGUUAGUAGUGGCGGCGGCGGAUUUGAUAGUGAUAGUGGCGGCGGUGGCGGCGGAGGAGGAGGUCACGGUGGUAACGUCAAUGGAUCGUCGUCUUCGUGAGGUUAAAGAUGAGAUUCAGAUUCAAUAAGGAAGCUUAAGCUUUUAGCUUUUAGAGUAAGCCACUCGUAUUAUCAUCGUUAAUAACUUUCUAUUAAUAGUAUUAAUUAUCUUUAGCUUUUUGUGUUUGUUUGUUUUUGUAUUAUUAAUUUUUAGGUUUCAGUUUUUAAUUACAUGCUCCUUACCACGAUGAUGUCUUGCUCAAUGAGGAUUAAUAUCAUUUAAUUUGUUCCAAAAAUGUCAUG